AAGCCGCAGCAGUGAGAGGACAACUAUGACAAAGAAGUCGAAGAAGAGGAUCGCAAAAAAAUUGCUUUUAAUUUAAGUCACAAGUUGUCAUGCGUAGCCAACAUGAUAGAAGGGAAGUGCCCUCAUAACAGUGCCACUCUAUCUGUGUCCCAUACUCUCCGCAAAACCUCUGCCAUUUUAUUCCUGAUUUUUGCGCAUUAAACUGUAACUAAACAGUUAGUGAAGUCAACUUUAGUGGCGCGACUUGGAAAUGUAUUUAUCCGAGUCGUUGAUGAAUCUGUUUGGGAGUCUUUCCUUUGAUUUGUAGGUCAGACGAGUCGAUAGCGCAACAUUAUCAGCAGCAAUAAAUGUAGAAUGUAACGUUAUUGCUAGGAGGAGUAAGAAAACGCCAUGGCAGACAUAAGGACUUUCAACGUUGUGGUUUUGGGAGUGGGGUUUUUGUUCAUUUUCACCGCUUUCACCACCUGUGGCAACAUUGAACAAACUGUGGUGAAAAGCCUGCAGAAUUACACUUUGACUGGAAGUGGGUACCACAGUCUUGGAAUCAUCUAUGGGGUCUUUUCGUUCUCCAAUUUACUUGCACCAACAGUCGUUGCAGUAAUUGGACCAAAAAUGACUAUGUUUUUCAGUGGCCUACUUUACAGUGGGUACAUUGCUGUGUUCAUUGUCCCUUCAACAUGGUCCUUUUACUUGACCUCUGUACUGAUCGGUAUAGGAGCAGCCAUGCUGUGGACAGCUCAAGGGCACUUUCUGGUGGAAAACUCAGAGGCUUCCACCAUCAACAGGAACACAGGGAUGUUCUGGGCUCUCUUACAGUGCAGCAUGCUGUUUGGCAAUCUUUACAUUUAUUUUGAAUGGAAUGGAAGGACAGAUAUACCAGACAGCAGCAGGAAAAACAUUUUUCUGUCCCUGUUGGCCGCCUCCGUACUCGGUACACUCAGCUUCCUCGUGUUGAGAAAGAGCCAUCACGAAGAGGAGAUGCUCUCUGAAGAAGAGGGGCAGUCGCUGCUCUCAACUCGCACGAUGUAUAAACACAGAGCAAACACUGCCAUACAGGAUGCCAAGUCAGAAUUCAAAACCAUCCUGCAACUUCUAAAGGCUAAAACCAUACUGCUACUGAGUCCCUGCAUGGCAUACAGCGGCCUGGAGCUAUCUUUCUACAGUGGAGUGUACGGGACUUGUAUUGGAGCGACUACACAGUUUGGAGAGGCAGCUAAGGGCUUGAUUGGGAUCUCUGGGAUUGUGGUAGGCAUUGGAGAAAUUGUGGGUGGUGGCUUGUUUGGAUUGCUGUGUAAGAACAAUCGUUUCAGACGGACCUCUGUGGUGUUUCUGGGAAUGGUUGUCCAUUUUGUUGCUUUCUAUUUGAUCUUCCUCAACAUCCCAGAUGAUGCCUCUGUCGUCUUUAAUACUACCACCCAAAAGAAGCCAUAUCUAACGCCAAGUGUAUCCAUUGCCCUGCUGUGCAGCUUCUUGCUUGGACUCGGGGACAGUUGUUUCAACACACAGCUCUACAGCAUAUUAGGCCGUGUUUAUGCUGAGCAAAGCACGCCUGCUUUUGCCAUCUUCAAAUUCAUACAGUCUGUUUUUGCAGCGGUGGCAUUCUUCUACAGCAGUUACCUCCUGUUGAUGUGGCAGCUCCUGCUGAUGGUCAUCCUGGGCUUCACUGGAGCACUCUGCUUCUUCGUGGUGGAGAGGAUGCAGAACUUCUCUAUAGAUUUUCAGGAAUAUUAGAAAGUGGACACUUCUGCAUCAGCAGUGAUAGUUUUGUGAGACAAUCCUGUAUUUUUUAUUUCAUGAGGGGUUAUUAAAAUCUAUUUUUAGUAUUAUGAAUGCACUGAAGGUCACAUACAUUUGAAUAACAUUCACAGUCAAAACUAUUGCCACAACUGAAACCAACAACAGACAACGUUUGAAUAGCAUUACAUGGUUAUCAGUCAGCCUGGAUUGUACCUUGCACACCUGCUGUUUUAAUUACCUGACAAUACACAGUAUCAUCGUUAAUCAUUAACAUGAUUUUUCUCCUGCACCACUGCACUGUUGGUUUUGCCGUUGGACUUUUGUAACCGCUCACCUUAUCUCACAUUUAUCUGCAUUGCUUUCAGCUCAAGUUUGUUAUUAAAGACAAAUGUCACACUGUUAAAAAUAUUAUGUAUCUAAGACUUAACAACUUUUAAAACUUUUCAUAGCUUCACAGAAUGAUUCAGUUUGAUAGAAGAGAGAAUAAUGCAAUGUUGUCAUGUUUCAGAAAAAUGUUAAAUAUCAAUAUCAUGUUGUCAGUGUUUUUUGCGAUUCUUUAAUGUAGUUCUACGCAUUUUGCAUUUUCAGUGAUUUCAUCAAAACGCGUGAUUAAAAGUAUUUACUUGGCAUUUUGUAAUAAACAUGUAGUUGUCAGAUGGUGAAGAGGUGAAACAGUCAAGGCCACAGAAAACAAGUGAAAUGAAAGGUUUGAUGUGUAGCUAAACAGAGGAAUGUUUACUGAGGUCAUACUUGUUAAGUUGCUUAUAACCUGAAAAUCAGACAAAUUGGGGGCCCACACUUGAAUUUUAUGUUCCUUCACUGAACUGAGUGACAUAAGUGAUUUUUUACCCCCAGUCAUCAACACCCUAACAAAAUACUUUGACAAUGUGGCAUUCCCAGAGCAGGGCCAUGUCUGAAGAAACAGGUUUACUGAAUUAUCUGGUACUUUUACUGAGAAAGAUUCUGUGUUUCAGAUUUUGGUGGACUGGAGGUUUUUAAUGUAGUCAGUGCACAUCCUGUAGUUUCUUUAUUGUAUUACAAAACAAGAUGAAUCUGCUGGAUUUAAUCCUGAUUUGCCAGAUUUAUUUGAAAAUCCAUGAGGCCAUUAAUCAAAAGAGGAGCAUGAGGGUCGAGUUGGAUAGGCCCAGAGGUCCCACACUACUUCACUGGUAAUUGGGUAUUGAUCACAUUAUAAUGAGAGUAAGCAGUUUUGUGUGAUCUUAAGUCAAUUGUGCCACUUACUUGACAACAACAAAGCCCUGAUAGGCUAAGUGAAGUAUACAGCAUUUACUAACAGAAUUAAGUCAUGGCAGGGUUCAUAGUAUUGCUUUAGAGAGAUAACCUUGUAAGGAGUAAGUAACUAGGUUUGGAUAAGUCUAUUACCUGAACAUUGCUAUUAGUUAUUCCACAAUGUUUCUCCAUUGAAAAUCAUGUAAUAAAAGCUUACACAUUUAUCUGUAGCACUGUCAAGAUAAGUAAAAUAUGAAAAAACUA